GAAUCGCUUUGGGCGGUAUUUUUGAAGUCUUUUGUUACUUGUGGACUACUGUGAGCAAUCAUGUAUGCACUGUCCUGGUUACUUCUUAGGUAGACCACUUUCUACCUCACUGAGAAAUAUUACUCCAGUGUCAAAAUCAGCUAUUAAUUUUAAGCACCUCAAAAGUCUUUUAAUCACGUUCAAACAGCUCACUUUACCAGCUUCUUGAUGACUGAAAGGGUUUACUAUCCCUGGGCAGGUCGAUGUGAGAAGUUGUCUGCAUUUCUCGAACGUGCUCAUCUCCGAAACUUCUACAACGCAAUUAAGAAGAAAUUAAAAAUAAAUGACCCUAACGAUUUCGAUCGGGUUAAACCUACUGACCUAGCUUGUCUUGGAAUGACAGAAAAUGAAAUCAAUCGACUUGUUAAUCAGCUAAUAGAAGAUGGGUUUUCGGUAGGGAAUUUGCUAUCGGAUGGAUAUACAGACUAUUCCCGUUCAUGGUCAGAUCCGAAACCAUAUUCUGCUGCUGACUUUCACCGAUCGAAAUUGUUACGUAAAUUGUUUAGAGGAAAACAGUCCUAUACUAGUGCUCCAGUAUCACCAGCACAUGGACUGGAACAUCAGUGUAAAGAACAGUUCUCCAUUCAGCAUUCUUACUGGAGCCAGCAUCAAGUAUCGUUCCGUUCCACUAGUUUCUCUCAAAAUAAUCGUCAGAAUGUUGUUACUAACUCAGCUGCAUUUACAUGUCUUAUUCCUGAGACGGAUAUCAAACUUCAUUCAAGAAUUGGAAUUGGUUCGUUUGGUAUAGUACGGCGUGGUGAUUGGACUAUGCCAACGGGCGAAAUUAUUCCUGUGGCUGUGAAAUUAUUAAAACCAGAAGCAAUGAAAAGUGAUUUAUUCACAGGAUUCUUGUAUGAAAUUCGUGCGAUGCAAUGCCUUUCACAUCCUAGUUUAGUUCGUCUUUACGGGAUUGUUCUAUCUAAUCCAAUUAUGAUGGUAACUGAGUUAGCGCCAUUAGGAAGUUUAUUAUUACAUUUAAGAGCUCAAUCAAUGUGUGCCAAUAAUAAUAAUUCUUGUAAAACAAAUGACGUAAGAGCACAUUUCCCGUCUGUACCUCGGGCUCUUCAAAUUGAUGCAUUAUGGGAUAUGGCUAUUCAAAUCGUCCGUGGUAUGGCCUAUUUAACAUCACAAGGACUAGUUCAUCGCGAUUUAGCAGCUAGAAAUAUUUUAAUUUCAUCAAUUCCAAAAAAUGAAUAUCCUCAAAUUAAAAUAGCUGAUUUUGGUUUAGUUCGGUCGUUAGAAUCAUGUACAGUAAAUAAGAAAAAAUUAACUGAAAAUGAAUCAGAUGAACCAAUUUAUACUGGAUGUUUGGAACAGAAAAUUCCAUUUGCCUGGUCCGCUCCAGAAUCUUUGCAUAAACGAACCUUUUCUGAAGCAAGUGACAUUUGGAGUCUAGGUGUUACGUUAUGGGAAAUGUGGACCGGUGGUGCAGAUCCUUGGUCAGGUCUCACUCCUGUGCGUUUGUUAGAGCUUUUAGAUUCUGGUCGUAGGUUGGUAUGGCCCCGGUUUACCUGUCCACGUCGUUUAUACCAGAUAAUGUUAGCUUGUUGGAGAGCUGAACCAUAUCGUCGACCGACUUUUUCCUACCUUGCCGAAAGAUUAGAUCAGAUUCGUCCAACUAUCGUUAUAGCAACUCAAAAUCUUGAUGAAGCCGAUCGUCUAGGCUUAGAAGCAGGUGAUACUGUUAUUAUUAUUGACGGAAAACCCCGUGAAUUUUGGUGGCGUGGUCAAAAUACGCGAACUGGUGAAAUAGGCUCAUUUCCCCAUGGCAUUAUUAAACUUUGUAAAAACACUACACAGACUUUUGAUGAUAUAAAUCAAUCAUCGCUUCGUGAUUCUUUGUUACAUGAUAAACAGAUUAAUAAAAAUCAAACAGAAUCGAGUUUAUUACAAUACAAUAUAUCGCAUACUUAUCGUGACCUGUCUUCUACUCCUACUGAUGAAAAAUGUGAUAAAAUAAAAACCAAAAACCAAAACAUAUUCGAUUGUUCAAAUCACAAUCUAUUACCAUAUGAUGAUAAUUCGUUAUUAUCCGGAACUUCGUUCAAUGAUAUGGAAAAUGAAUCAGUAUGCCGUACUAUGGAUUCGUAUUCUUCGUCUUAUGGAUGUCUGUUCACUAACUCAUCACUUUCAAAUGCACCAAAUCUGGAUAAAUAUGAUGAUGAAGAUAAUAAUAAUGAAGGACAGGAAGAUGAGCGAAGAAUUCUCGAUAAAACACCUAAUUCAACUGUAGGACUAAAUGCUUAUAAUGUGGAAUUACGAAAAUGUCCCAAAUCUGAGUUAAUAAACAGUCACAGAAAGUCAAUUGCCAACUAUGUUGCAAAUGGCUACAAUGACCAUGAAGUUUGUAGUUAUAAUCCCAUAACUAUGUUGCCACCACCUCCUGGACCGGAAGAACACGAGACUAUCAUCUGCAAAGAUGACAUCAACAGCAAAAAUUUUUCCGAUGCUUCUGUACAAUGUACAAAAGUUAAAGAUAAUGUAAAACAUUUAUCUGAUGAAGAUAAUCUUGAUAAAUCUGACAUUGGUACAAUGAGUAAUAAUCAUCUAGUUGAAAAACACAAUACAUCAUCAAUUUCUGAAAGUAUAACUCCGUCAAAGAAACAUUCAUUUUCACUUGACAAUUUAUUAGAUGAAGUUGCUUAUAUCAGUGCCAAAGAUUUUGAUUGCGAGCCAUCAGCCCCACCUUUAAUUGAUCUUUACAGUCCUGUACCAGAUCCAUCGGUAUUUAUUCCUAGAUAUCGUAUUACGAUUCCUACUGCCCCAAUCUAUACUCCAUCGAUCAUUAAACCUACUCCUAAUUCUUCUGUAUUUAUUCCUAGAACUGUAUCCCCACCUAACAUCAAUUAUUUGUCAAAUCCAUUUUUACAAAUGAAUUAUAAUGUUUCAUCACAGCUCAAUUAUAACACUCAAAAUCGAUAUUUUUAUGAUCCUUUUCAUCCCCAAAUUAACAUGCAAAGACCAUACUGUACAUCUUUCCCUUUUCCUUCAUCGAAUUUCAAUAUUAAUCAAUCAACAAAACAAACAAAUUCAGCUAAUUUUUCUGAUAAUCCAUUUAAUUCAAACAAUUUAAAAAUUCAACAUUCCCAAUGCAUCAAUAAAAUUGAUACCACUUUUAAUAAUUUAAACCAUGAAACCAAAUUAGACGUUCUAGAUAUGGUGUUCGAUAACAACAGUAAUAAUAAUAUCUCAUAUCAAACACCGGCUACUAGUAGUCCAGUAUUUUCAACUAAACAAAAAGUUCAUCAUUGUACUACUAGAUUAGAAAAUGAGUUACUUGUUAGAUCAUGUCCUCUUACUAACUCAUCAGAAACAAUGAAAUCAAAUCCUAGCUCUUUUAAUCCAACAAAUGAUAAAUUCAUUAGUUCUGUUACGGUUUCUGUCCCAGAAAACAAUAUAACUCCAGAAGAAAGACCUCAACAUCAAGUAAAUGAAAAUCAACAUGAUCUUUUUAAUUCUUCAGAUAAUUUUAAUGAUGAGAUUUCACUUGUUCGUUCUCAUGUUCCUGGAUGCACUUUAUCUGAAGCUCAUUGGGCGUUAUUACAUGUAAUGAAUCCAUUUUCUCCAGUCAUAUCUCAAUUAAUUGUACCUCCAAUUCCAUGCACUGCACCUAUGGAAACUUGGCGGACCAAACUAGACAGAACUAGUGCUUGGCGUGUACAAUUAGCCAUUCGCCUUUUAUCUGUUUGUCGUCUUUAUCAAUUAGGCCUGAUCAAUUGGGAUUCAUGUUGUCAAAUUAUUAGUUCAUUCAAUUGGCAAUUGGAACCUGCAGCCGAUUGGAUUCUUGAUCAUAUGACACCUAACUGUUUUAUUUAAUUGGUUACUAGAGUUGUUGUUAUUGUUAUUAAUAUUAAUUUUAAUUAUUGACCUUUCCAAAAACAAUUAUCUUGUUGACUUUUAAUUUAAAACCCUCUUUAUCAGUUAUUUUAUUGUUAGAUUUUGUUCAUCUUGAUUUGGUAAAGUGUAUCUUACUCAUUUGUACUUUAUUACGUGCUAAUUUUUUUGUUGAAAAUUAUUGAAUUGGUCAUAGAAUCCACCUUAUCACCCAUUUCUAAUGAUUUUGUUGCUUUAUAACAUAAACUACUUAAUUGUCUGGCUAAUAGUAUAUAAUUGUUUUGUCAAUAUUUUUUAUUCAUUAUUGGGUUGUGUGAAAUGAUUGUGCGGCAUAUCGUUUAAUUCUGCUAAGAUCAUUUUGAUUUGAAUAAUUUUUAAGGUUGAUAAAAUGUUAUUGUUCAGGGAAAAUUCAAAGAUUAUUAUCUUAUCGAAUUGGUUGGAUUUAUCUUCUUUCACAAAUGGUCGGUAUAUGUGUUUACAUAGUGCCUCAAUUUGCAAAACAGAAUAAAGAAAACAGAUGGAAUCUGAGCUCUAUGUUACAUAUAAUUGUGAUAAAUAUGUGUGGUUACUGGCUUUUGUUAAUACGUAACUUGUUUCCACUUCUUAUUUGUUAUUACAAACCUGUUUGUGAGUUUUUCAUGAUGUAUCUUAUAUCAUGGCAACAUGUUAAACCAUAUCGUUAAUUAUCAAACUGUUGUUCUUAUUGUUGCUACUGUCUAAUCCUUAUGGACUUGUUUUUUACGUACACAAGUACCAAUCCUUUAUUAUCUUCAUUUAAAUAUACCCCUGACUGUCGUGUGUAAUUCUAGUCAUUUCGUGUGUGUGUGUGAUUGCAUUGAACAGUUGUAUAACUGUCAAUUCAUUUGAUUUUUCUGGCAAGCAUUUUAAAAAAAUAUAUUGAAAAUAUAAAUCAUCAGUCACUUUCUUUUUGUAUUACUACAUUUGUUCCAUAUUUUGGGCUUGAAUAUUUACCUUUGAAAACCUUGACCAUAAGCAAGCUAUACAAGAAAGUAGGCGUAGUUUUAAUCAACAGAUGAAAUUACAUUGGUUAAAAUGAUUUCUAUACGUAGUGAUCUCACGAAUUUUUGAAGAAACAAUGACAAGAAAGAUACCAGUUCAUAAGCAGGGAGACAGUUAACCUAUUUUCUUAGAGAAUCUAAACAUUACAUUUGUAAUUUUCUUGAGCAUACUGUGUCGAAAGCACUAUUCUAUAGACAUUCGAAAUUCAUAUGU